UUAAGCUUCUUAAGCUUCUGCACUGUAAAAUGGCAUUUAUCUUUCUUCUCCAUUAAAUAUGCCUCUUAGACUUGGCAUUUAUCUUUCUUCUCCAUCAAGUAUGCCUCUUAGACUUCUGCACUGUAAAACGGCAUUUAUCUUUCUUCUCCAUUAAGCAACUGCAUUACAAAAGGGAGGAUAGGAUUGUCAUUGCAACAUGCCUCAUAAGUUUUGAAGCCCAGAGAGUUAUUUUGUGAGAAGUACUAACCAUUACAUUGUAUACGAUGGCUGAGCCUAACACCCAACACAGCUUGAGGUCUCUGCUUUGCACUGAAGAAAGAGAUUUCUUGAUCAGAAACAAUGGAGAACAUGUGCCUAUAUUGGAGCUAGUAGGCAAGACUGUUUGUCUCUGUUUCUCAGCUGACUGGUGUUACCAAUGCAGAGAGUUUACUCCAAAGCUUAUACAAUUCUACAAUGAUCUGAAGAGCAGAGGUGAGGAAUUGGAGAUUGUGUUUAUCUCCAGUGACCAAGAUACAGAGUCCUUCCAAGAAUAUUUUGGAAGCAUGCCAUGGCUUGCUCUGCCUUAUGGUGAUCAAAAGGCGAAUUAUCUGGAGCGACACUUUGAAAUUGAAGGCAUCCCAACCUUGAUUGUGCUUGGUUCAGAUGGGAAAACAUUACAAACAGAAGCAGUGGAACUGGUCAUGGAUCAUGGUGUUGAACUUUAUCCAUUUACAAAGGAGAAAUUGGAUGAACUCAAAGCCAAAGAGGAAGCUAUUCGUGCUGCACAGACCUUGGAAUCCCUGCUAGUCUCUGAUGAGCGCGAUUUUGUUAUCACAAACAGUGGUGGAAAGGUGCCAGUUUCUGAGCUUACAGGCAAAACGGUUGGUUUAUAUUUUUCUGCUCAUUGGUUCACACCUUGCCGACGAUUCACACCAGAGCUUGUUCAAGUAUACAAUAAGCUCAAGGAAAAUGGAGAAGCCUUUGAGAUUGUUUUCCUCUCUAGUGACAAAGACCAAGAAGCCUUUGAAGAGUAUUAUGCAAGCAUGCCAUGGUUAGCUCUUCCAUUUGGAGACAAAGUGAAGAAGGAUCUAAGCCGGUACUUCAGCAUUGAAGUAAUUCCAUCUUUGGUCAUAGUUGGCCCUGAUGGAAAAACUGUGACAACAGAUGCCAGUGACAUUAUUUCUGUCCAUGGGGCCAAGGCUUAUCCCUUUACUGAUGCCCGCCUGGUAGAGCUGGAGAAAGAAAUGGAAGUAGCAGCAGAAAAAUAUCCAAAGGAAACAAAGAAUGACCUGCAUGAGCAUUCUCUGAAUUUGAUUCAGAGAAAGUCCUAUAUCUGUGAUGGGUGUCGGGAAGAAGGGAGUGCUUGGUCUUUGUACUGCAAAGAAUGUGAUUUUGAUCUUCAUCCAGAUUGUGCUUUGAAGGAUAACCAGUCUGAUGAAAAUGAGAAACAGUAGACACGAGGCAAGGAUUUUGAAAAUGGGGACAAGCCAGCAGAAGUGAUCUGUGAAGGGGAUGUUUGUCGAAGGGUUUAAGCAUGCAAGAAAGUAAGGCCUUCAGAGGGGCUUUUUCAUAGGCUUCCCAAUAUAGUAUAUGGAGGGUUAUAUGCUAUAUAGGCAGUUUGAACAUACUCGGUCUCUUUCUCUCUGUCUAAACGGUUGUGCACAAGCUUUUACAAUAUAGAAUAUAGAGGGUUAUAUAGUAUAUAGGCAGUUUGAACAUACUCUCAAUCUCUUUCUCUCUGUCUACAUGGUUAUGCACAAGCUUUUAUCGCCUAAAGCUUGUUUAGCAUGUGUAUGAUAUUGAUUUGUAAUGUAAAACAGGGUCUUUAGCUACUAUAUAUAUUUCAACUGUCUUUUGUGGUU